CUGUGAUCAAUUUCUACAAUAAYUUUCUUCCUGUUAUUCCCACUUCUGUUGGUGUGUUCUUAUUGGUUGAMAGCGAUUACUCAUCGUCAUUACGUGCAGUGGGAGGUCAACUAGGUUGUCUUUCAGCGGCCGGUUCGGCGUCACACAACCUCAUCUAUUACUUUUACAAAAGAUAUACAACACGCCACUUGGCUCGCUUUAUGAGUUACUAUUUUCCAUUUCAGCUUGUCACUGAGACAUCGCAACUAAACACCGCUCACGAAAAUACACCAGAAGCCAAGGAAAAGACAUUAUGCCGCAAAUACAAGGCAAUACAACUGGAAAUGUUUUUCAUUCAUCGCAGGGAAUUAUAUCCGCACUUCUUGCAACAUUGGGUAUACUAGGRAAUAUMUUUGCUUUUGUACUCACAGUGAAACUUUUACGGCAUCAGAAAAUAGUCUGUAAUGUGUUAGUSUUUGGCCUGAUACUAUGYGAUCUUCUAGGGAUUAUUCUAAUCUGUUCACCUACUUGGGCCGGCUAUGUAUAUGGGCAAUGGUCCGGAGGACAGGCCCUGUGCAAUUUCCAGGGAUUUUUUACUGUUUUUGCGAMUUUAGCGUCUGGUUUAAUUGUGACAUUCAUGGCUAUUGAUCGUUACCURGCACACCGAGCGCCUUUCUUUCACCGACAGUUUAUUAGCUUUAGACUUGCCAAGAAAGUCAUUGUGGGCAUUGCUUUAUUCUCAAUUCUAAUUUCCUCUUUGCCACUGUGUGGAUUUGGCAGUUUUAGCUACAGCAGUACAGGAACAUAUUGCACAAUAGUCGUGAUCASGGCCGACGAUCAAGUUUAUAAUUAUUUCCUUGUAUCAAUAGGAUUUUUCAUGGUGUCGGUUGUGACAUUCUCCAAUCUUAAUGUGCUUUAUUGGAUUUUGAAACGUAAGAAAUCCGCUCGAAAUCUUAAAGGGAUGAAAAGCAAAUUUAAAAAGGUAAAUGAAACGAAGAAGACGGUUGCAGAGAAAGUGCAAGAACAGUAUCAGCGAAUGAUGGUUGUCAUUUCUAUCCUGUUUCUGWUUUGUUGGACGCCAUUUCUGAUCAGAGUAAUAUGCAAUACCGCUGAACUAUGGCAGGACGUGACUGCAGACCUUAUAGCGACAUAUUUGUUGCUGAUUAACUUUGUUUUAGAUCCUUUCAUUUAUUUGUUGGUGCGUAAGCAAUACAGACGAACGCUCUUGAGGAUAUGUUGCUGGUGUUUGCCGUGUGCCAAAAAUCAAAGAAGACAAAGUAUUAAAGUGCGUUUUGCUUACUCUGCCAGCUUGAAAAACAAUGAAACCGCUUCACCUGCAUCAGAUCAAAUCCAAGAGAACAAACUCCAUGCCCUUCGUCCGCGUGAAGAGCGCUGUUCAGUUCCUAAGAUCCAAACACAAGAUGUGAGUGGUGUAACCGACCGCCAACCGGCAGCGACUGACGCACUGGUACAUCAAAACACACAACAAAACAAUGAUCCAAAAGAUACAGAACAACGAAUUGAUAUCGAACCAAGCACCGAGCCAAGUAGCCAUGUGGACAAACAACUUGCACGGGAGGAAGAUGUAGAUCUUGUUGCCGCGGAAACAGCCAACGACGAUAAACAAAUUCAUCCGGGAACUUUAAGAGACAAGCAGGGCAUCUUACCAACUAUCACAGAAGAGGAUGUACGAGAUGCGUUACGUAGCUUGGCACAAGAUCCUGGCUUCGCCAAUGAAGGCAUGACAGACGAUGUUGAUUCUUCGCAAUUCAAUGAAAUCAUGGAAACUUUGAAAGAAUGUUUCUCUGGGCAAAGAUCCCGUAGCAAUACAAGAAAAAUGACAGGCGACUCGAGUGAGCCUGGAACCAACGAUAACGAUUUGUUGAUUUCUCUUGAGGGUGACAAAAACAUUGUUUUCAGUGAAGGAGGCAAAACCGAUCCCGUGAUAGGCAUUCGAGCCUUACAAGUCAUGGACAUUAUCCAGACAAAAAGGAGAGCUAAACAAAUUGAAAAAAUGGUGUAAAUAAUUAUCAAUUCAACAUAUUCAGCGAUGUACAUACAACAAUCAAUAAUUCAAGCGUUUUGGUGGUAAAGGAUCCCAUAAUGCAAUGCGAACCCUUAGCAAUCCCAUGAACCAACAUGUACCGCAAUAUAAGCCCAUGGUGCAUUGCCGGUAGCAACAGAUAAUGAUGUAAAUUGUGCGAAUUACGGUCAAAUGCUUUAUUUUUUCCUCAGGAAAUCAUUAGGUAACCUUAUUACCAUUCAUGAUGGAAUUAUCAUUUGGGGACUUCCAUGCAAUUACUUACGAUACUGUAAAUAAAAUCUUUAAGCUAAA